AUGGUGGAUGCUCCCAUGGCGCAGGAGAAGGAUCAGCAGAGGACCCCAAGGCCCAAGGGCGGAAUGAUCACAAUGCCCUUCAUCUUCGCCAACGAAGCGACGGAGAAGCUAGCUGUGGUGGGAUUCGGCACCAACAUGAUCAGCUACCUGACCACACAGCUCCACAUGCCCUUAACCAAAGCCGCCAACACCCUCACCAAUUUCGGCGGAACCGCCAGCCUGACUCCCUUACUCGGCGCCUUCCUCGCCGACUCUUAUGCCGGCCGUUUCUGGACCAUCCUCGCCGCCUCCCUCGUCUACCAAGUCGGCAUGGCGGGCCUGACGCUGUCGGCGAUACUCCCGAGCCUCCGCCCUCCGCCUUGCGACGGCGGCGGCGGGAAGAUCUGCCAGCAGGCCGACACGGGCCAGCUGGCGAUACUGUACCUGUCGCUGGCGCUGGCGGCGGUGGGGGCGGGCGGGAUCCGGCCGUGCGUGGUGGCGUUCGGGGCGGACCAGUUCGACGAGACCGACCCGAAGCAGGCGGCGAAGACGUGGCGGUACUUCAACUGGUACUACUUCGUGAUGGGGGCGUCGAUCCUGCUGGCGGUGACGGUGGUGGUGUGGGUGCAGGAUAACGUAGGGUGGGGGUGGGGGCUGGGGAUCCCGACCCUGGCGAUGUUUCUGUCGAUCGUGGCGUUCGGGUUCGGGUACCCGAUGUACCGGAAUUUGAACCCGGUGGGCAGCCCGUUUACCCGGCUGGUGCAGGUGUCGGUGGCGGCGUGGCGGAAGAGGAAGGUGGGAGCGGUGGCGGAUCCGAGGGAGCUGUAUCGGAAUGAGGAGAUCGAUGGGCCAAUUUCCGUGGGCGGGAAGCUUCUCCACACCAAGCAAAUGAGGUUCCUGGACAAGGCAGCAAUAGUAACCGAGCAAGACGCCAAGGACUCCCCAAACCUAUGGCGGCUCAACACGGUCCACCGAGUCGAGGAGCUGAAAUCCCUCAUCCGAAUGGGCCCGAUUUGGGCCGCGGGAAUCAUCCUCAUCACGGCCUACGCCCAGCAGAACACGUUCUCCCUCCAGCAGGCCAAGUCCAUGGACCGCCACCUCUCGGCCACGUUCCAGAUCCCGGCCGGGUCCAUGUCGGUGUUCACCAUGACCUCCAUGCUCACCACCAUCGUCGUCUACGACCGGGCCUUCGUCCCCUUGGCCCGCCGCCUCACCGGCCUGGACCGCGGCAUCACGUUCCUCCACCGCAUGGCCAUUGGGUUCGUCAUCUCCAUCCUCGCCACGCUGGUCGCCGGGUUCGUGGAGGUCAAGCGCAAGGAGUCGGCGCCGGCGCACGGCGGCGGUGGACAACAAACGGUUGCGCUGUCGGUGUUCUGGCUGGCGCCGCAGUACUGCCUCCACGGGGUGGCGGAGGCGUUCAUGUCGAUCGGGCAUCUCGAGUUUUUCUACGACCAGGCGCCGGAGAGCAUGAGGAGCACGGCGAUGGCGCUGUUCUGGACGGCGAUAUCGGUGGGGAACUACAUGAGCACACUUUUGGUGACGCUGGUGCACAAGUUCAGCGCCGGGCCCGGCGGGUCGAACUGGCUGCCGGACGACGACCUGAACAAGGGGAAGCUGGAGUAUUUCUACUGGCUCAUUACAGUGUUGCAAGUGGUUAACUUCGUGUACUACUUGUUCUGUGCGAGAAUGUACACUUACAAGCCGAUUCACGUGGAGAAGAAAUUAGAGGGUGGUGUUGAUGGAGAGGGGCUUGAUAAUGGAGAAUUAGGUGGAAUAGAGCUCGCCACUAAUAAGGUUUAG